AUGGACUGGUUUGUCAGAUCGCACCCAGCUCGAAGGCAGACCCGCGCGCUGCAAUUGGGCAGUGUCGAGCCGAUGGUUGGACGUUUCGAGAAGUACAAGAGUGAACAAAUAAUCUUCUUCUGCGUCCCCCACAGUACCCGAGGAGGAUUCGACAAUGCUGUUGACAAGAGUGUCCGACACUUCGCUCAGGAAGGCUGCAAUGUGAUCACACAGCUGCAAGUGUCACGGAAUGCGAGCAAAUAUGCUCCCGUCACUCUAGACAACAACAAUGACGGCGACACGUUCAUGGAAGCGGCAGGGCACGGUGACGGUGCUAGAGAAACGCACGGAUUUGGCUUCGACGAGGCCGAUACGCUUAUAAACGAGAGCCCAGAGCAGCAACCAGGGACAUAUCCGAAAACUGUCAAGAAGGACAAGGCACCCACGAAGAAGAAAGAGGCACAGUCUCUAACGGAGAGGCGAUCCACGCUUGCGACCAUGGACAGCUCUUCGCAACACUUCCAGGCGCUAAUGCACCUCGCUGGCGACCCGGCUUUUGUGCUACGACGCAUCCAGCAGCAGCAGCAGCAACAGCAGCAUGGCUCGCUCGAGCCGGAGCAGGGAUACGACCCGCCCAGGC